AUGGGCGAGUUCAAGCUAUCAGCCACUCUGCGCGGUCACGAAGAUGACGUCCGCUGCGUCGCCUUCCCGUCUCCAGCAUCCAUUGUCUCGGCGUCACGAGACUCCACCGUCCGGUUAUGGAAGCAGGAGUCGUCAGCCCCACCGACCUACGAUAGCACCAUCCUCAAGACACACGGCAAGGAGUUUGUCAACUCCCUCGCCAUUGUGCCAUCAUCUUCGCCAUUCCCUGAAGGGCUCGUCGUCUCCGGUGGCAAGGACCAAAUCAUCGACGUACGGCAGCCGAGCAAAGGCAUCGAAGACAACGCAGACGCCCUCCUCAUCGGCCACGGCAACAAUGUGUGCGCCCUCGACGUCAGCCAAGAUGGCAAGUACAUUGUCAGUGGCAGCUGGGACAUGGAGGCGCGUGUCUGGGAAGUAGGCAAGUGGGGAGAGUCGACCACGCUCGAGGGCCACGGCGCGUCAGUAUGGGCGGUGCUGGCCUACAAUAGCAACACCGUCAUCACGGGCUGUGCAGACAAGCAGAUUCGAUUCUUCCAUCCCUCGGGGAAGCAGCUGCGCUCCAUACAAGCACCAGAGGUUGUGCGAGCACUGUGCCGGCUGCCACAAAACCACCCUUCUGGCGCCCAUUUCGCCUCUGCAGGCAAUGACGCCGUCGUUCGGCUGUGGACGUUACAGGGCAAGCAGGUGGCCGAGCUACACGGUCACGAGAACUUCAUCUACUCGCUCGCCGUACUGCCAAAUGGUGGACUCGUGAGUGCAGGAGAAGACCGUACAGUACGAGUUUGGGAGAACAACGAGUGCGUACAGACCAUCACACACCCCGCCAUAUCCGUCUGGACUGUCGCUGUCUGCCCUGAGAAUGGCGACAUCGUUUCUGGAGCCAGCGACAAGCUUGUCCGCAUCUUCACCCGCGACCAGGCGCGUUACGCCGCCCCCACCGAGAUUGAGCAGUUCAACGAGGACGUCAAGGGCUCGUCGAUACCGCAACAAACUGUCGGAAAUAUCAACAAGGAGCAGCUGCCAGGCCCCGAAUUUCUCACCCAGCGCUCGGGCACUAAAGAGGGUCAGGUGCAAAUGAUCUCCGAGGCAAACGGAAACAUAUCCGCGUAUCAGUGGUCGGCAGCUGCAAACGAGUGGGUCAACAUUGGUACCGUCGUUGAUUCGGCCGGCAGCGGUGGGCGGAAGAUCUCUCACAACGGCAAAGAGUACGAUUACGUCUUUGACGUGGACAUUGAGGACGGCAAGCCUCCUCUGAAGCUUCCUUACAACGUCAAUCAGAACCACUACGAGGCUGCGCGCAAGUUCAUCGAGGACAACGAGCUACCGCUUACAUACCUUGACCAGGUCGCAAACUUCAUCGUGCAGAAUACACAAGGUGCCACAUUGGGCCAGGGCAGUGCACAGGGUGCAGACCCCUGGGGCUCUGAGUCACGCUAUCGCCCUGGGGAUGCCAACCAGGUACAAUCGCAGCCGCCGGCCACGCCAGCUGUGCCAAAGAUUCUCCCACAGAAAGAGUACCUUCCCAUCGCAUCAGGGAACCACGACAUCAUCUUCAAAAAAUUGCAGGAGUUCAAUCAAGCACUUGUCACUGAUGGUCAGAAGGGCGUUUCGUUGAACCCUUCUGACGUCGAGCAGUUGAGCACGACGGUCGCUGCGCUGAAGAAGGGAGUUGGUAAGAACGUUGAACUGGCAGGCUUGGACUUGCUUCUGAAGGCAGCGACACAAUGGCCUGCGGACAAACGCCUACCUGCUCUUGACUUGCUUCGACUGGCCCUCACCCUCGAGGAGCCUUCGGCGUACCUGGUCUCGCCAGAACAGAACCUCGUUGGUGGUCUUGUUGAUUCUGGCGUCUUCUCAGCAGAGUCAUCGCCUAAUAACACGAUGAUGGCAGUGCGCUGUGUUAGCAACCUGCUGCAGACGGACAAGGGCCGCCUCUUGGCCAGCACAGAAUUCGACGGUAUCCAUCCCCUGGUAUCGCCAUUCGUCACAUCCAGCAACCGCAACCUGAUCAUUGCGCUCACCACUCUGUACAUCAACUACUCGGUUCUCUUGACAUCAGAGAAUAACGCCGAUCGUGCUCUAUCUCUGCUUGACGAUCUAGCCAAGAUCCUCAACUCUGCAUCCGAUUCAGAGGCAGUGUACCGCGCUCUUGUGGCUACGGGCACCCUACUCUGCCUGGGCCCGGACUUCUGCGAGGCUGGUAGGGAUAUCCUUCAGAUCGGGGAUGCUGUUACGCGUGCCGAGGGCAAGGUUAAGGAACCCCGGAUCAAGAACGUGGUUGCGGAAAUUCGGCAAAAGUUGCACGGUUGA